CCCCAAGAAUUUCCAUUUUUUUCCAGGGACCGUUUGGAUGCUGGAGAUCCUGAGCCUGAUCCGGCAGGACGGGGAUCCCCAGUGGUGCCGCUCGGUUCCCAACUGGGAGCGGGGCCCUUGGCUGGAGACGCUGCUGGGGCUGCGCCGCGCCCGGAGCAACGCCCGGCCCCGAAUCAUCAGCUCCCACCUGCCCCUGCAGCUCUUCCCCAGAGCCUUCUUCACAUCCAGGGCCAAGGUGAUUUACACCGUCAGGGACCCCAAGGAUGUUCUCGUGUCCCUUUUCCAUUUCUCCCGGAUUUUCCGACCCUACAAAGACCCCGGGAGCCUCGAGGAGUUCAUGGAGAAAUUCCUGGAGGGAGACGUGCCCUUCGGCUCCUGGUUCCAGCACGUCCGGGGGUGGCUCCAGCUCCGCGGCCGCGAGAAUUUCUUCUGGAUCAGCUACGAGGAGCUGCAGCAGGUAUCUCGGGGGACUGGCGCAAUCACCUGAGCGCGGAGCAGAGCCGGCGCUUCGAGCGCGUUUACCGCGAGCGCAUGGACGG